GAGCAGCAGCCGAAACACCGUAGAUUUUUUUUCUCUUUUCCUCCAGAUUAUCCCCCCUUUUUUCUCCCUUUUGCUUGUUUCUGGACCUCUCAAGAUUCAACGCCGACAAGGAAAUCUCUCGAUCAUGUUGGGGUUUUGGUAAUCCUCCAUUUUUCUUCUUUGGAAAAAUCGCUUCUUUGUUGCUUUAUGCUCUUCUGCUCCUUUUGAUUCCGUUGAUUUUCUCAUACAUUGUGAGAAUACCGGCUUAGAUUUGUCACCUUUUUUGCUCUUUUUCCUUGAAAAGAGAGACUUUGCUCGGAAAUUUUUUACUUUUUUACCAUGUCGAGCUCCCUCUGCUGCCUCUUGUGGAUGUCUAGAAAUCCUUUUUCUCUCGCUUUGAUAUGUUCUGAGCUGGGAUUUCGAUGAGUACUGGCUAUUUGAUUCGGUCGAGGCUUUGCUGAGCCGGAAAGAUCCUUUCUUUGAUCUCUAAUCGCCGGAAAAAAUGGUGUCGCGGUCUUACUCAAACCUCCUCGAGCUAGCCUCCGGCGAGCCUCCCUCUAUCAGCCAGAUCCGCCGGCGGAUCCCCCGCGUGAUGACCGUCGCCGGCAUCAUCUCCGACCUCGACUCCGACUCCGACUCCGACGGCUCCGCCACCGGCCCCUCUUCCACCACCCGCGACCGCACCAUCGUCGUCGCCAACCAACUCCCCAUCCGCGCCCGCCGCCGCCCGGACGGCCGCGGCUGGGACUUCUCCUGGGACGAGGACUCCCUCCUCCUCCAGCUCAAGGACGCCAUCGGCGACCGCGGCGCCGACAUGGAGUUCUUCUACGUGGGCUGCCUUCGCGACGAGAUCCCGCCGGCCGACCAGGACGACGUCGGCCAGGUCCUGCUCGAGUCCUUCAAGUGCGUGCCGGCCUUCCUGCCGCCCGACCUCCUCGCCCGCUACUACCACGGCUUCUGCAAGCAGCAGCUCUGGCCCCUGUUCCACUACAUGCUUCCCAUGUCCCCCGACCUCGGCGGACGCUUCGACCGCUCCCUGUGGCAGGCCUACGUCUCCGUGAACAAGAUCUUCGCCGACAAGAUCCUGGAGGUGAUCAACCCCGACGACGACUUCGUCUGGGUCCACGACUACCAUCUCAUGGUCCUCCCCACCUUCCUCCGGAAGCGGUUCAACCGCAUCAAGCUCGGGUUCUUCCUCCACAGCCCCUUCCCCUCCUCGGAAAUCUACAAGACGCUGCCGGUCCGCGAGGAGCUCCUCCGUGCGCUGCUCAAUUCCGACUUAAUCGGGUUCCACACCUUCGACUACGCCCGCCAUUUCCUCUCCUGCUGCGGCCGGAUGCUCGGGCUAUCGUACGAGUCGAAGCGGGGCUACAUCGGGUUGGAGUACUACGGCCGCACGGUCAGCAUCAAGAUUCUGCCGGUGGGCAUCCACUUGGGCCAGCUCAAGUCUGUGCUCGGCCUUCCGGAGACCGAGACGAAGGUCCAGGAGCUCAGGGAGCAGUUCUUGGAGAAGGGGAGGGUGAUGAUGCUCGGGGUAGACGACAUGGACAUCUUCAAGGGGAUCAGCUUGAAGCUGCUGGCCAUGGAGGAGCUGCUCAAGCAGCACCCGGAGUGGCGGGGGAAGGUGGUCCUGGUCCAGAUCGCGAAUCCGGCGAGAGGGCGGGGGAAGGGCGUGAAGGAGGUCCAGGCCGAGAGCUUUGCGACGAUGAAGAGGAUCAACGAGGCCUACGGCAACCCCGGGUAUGAGCCCAUCGUUCUGAUCGACGACCCUCUCCCCUUCUUUCACCGAAUCGCUUACUACGUAGUGGCGGAGUGUUGCUUGGUCACAGCAGUCAGGGAUGGCAUGAACCUCAUCCCCUACGAGUACAUCAUUUCCAGACAAGGGAACGAUAAAUUGGAUCGUGUCUUGGGCUUAGGCACAUCGGCUCAGAAGAAGAGCAUGUUGGUGCUCUCCGAGUUCAUCGGAUGCUCUCCGUCCCUGAGCGGAGCCAUCAGGGUGAAUCCAUGGAACAUAGAAGCCGUCGCUGACGCCAUGGUCAAUGCUCUGGAGAUGUCAGAGCAGGAGAAGCAAUUCCGGCACGAGAAGCACUACAAGUAUGUUAGCACACACGAUGUAGGGUACUGGGCAAACAGUUUCGUGCAAGACCUGGAAAGGACAUGCAGGGAUCACUCGAGGAGGAGGUGCUGGGGAAUCGGCUUCGGAUUGGGAUUUAGGGUGGUUUCUCUUGAUACAAACUUUAGGAAGCUUGCAAUGGAGCACAUUGUUUCAGCAUACAAGAGAACGAGAACUCGUGCCAUCCUUUUGGAUUACGACGGCACGUUGAUGCCACAAGCAUCGAUCGAUAAGAGCCCUAACGCUAAAUCGAUCGAGAUCAUGAACAGCUUGUGUCGUGAUAAGAACAACCUAGUGUUCCUUGUUAGUGCCAGAACCCGAGCCACUCUCAGUGACUGGUUUUCUGCUUGUGAGAACCUGGGGGUAGCUGCAGAACAUGGUUACUUUCUGAGGUUAAAGAGGGAUGCAGAGUGGGAAACAUGUGUCCCUGUUGCAGAUUGCAGCUGGAAGCAGAUUGCAGAGCCUGUAAUGAACUUGUACACUGAAACAACUGAUGGUUCGACGAUCGAAGACAAGGAGACCACGCUUGUGUGGUCAUAUGAAGACGCUGAUCCUGAUUUUGGAUCUUGCCAAGCCAAGGAGCUUCUUGAUCAUUUGGAGAGUGUCCUCACGAACGAACCAGUUUCAGUGAAGAGUGGUCAGCACAUUGUGGAGGUUAAACCGCAGGGAGUGAGCAAGGGCCUGGUAGCCCGGCGCCUUCUUUCCAUUAUGCAGGAGAGGGGCUUAUCGUCAGACUUUGUACUAUGUAUCGGAGAUGACAGAUCAGAUGAAGACAUGUUUGAGGUUAUCAGUACUUCUAUAGCAAGCACUUCUCUUACCCCGACAGCCGAAGUAUUUGCAUGCACAGUUGGUCAGAAACCCAGCAAGGCUAAAUACUAUCUGGACGAUACAGCUGAGAUUGUGAGGCUAAUGCAAGGACUAGCAACUGUCUCAGAACAAGCACUCAGGACCCAGCAAUCUCUGCAGAAUGGCCUUUGAGCUAUAAAAAGGAAGUCGAAGGUUCAUUUUUUCUUCUGCAUGAUCUGACUCUCUUCUAGGUAGCUCAACAUUCUCUUUUCUCCUGCUUUUUCCUCACUGCAGUGUACAUAAGAUCUUUGAACAAUUUUCUCGAGUGACAACGCAGAUUGCUGUUUGAUCUCCAUUUUAGAGACCAAGAGACUUGUACGGUUGGUAUGCAUGCCCAUGCUCUUGCUUCCCCA